AUGUCUGAAUCACCAAAGUCCGAGAAGUACAUGUGCCUGACUCGGUUCAGCACGCCAGUUCCCGAAUUAGAUGAUCAUCGAUUUCAACUCGAUUCCCCACCUCGGAUUGAAGCCACCGCUGAUAUUUCUCUGAGUCGGCAAAACACUGCUCAGCAUGCCUACCCUCAAGAGACGCCUCAGCGUCCCGAUUUGCUCUCAAUUCAAGAUGCGCUUCGGGAAGCGGGGUCGCUUUCCCGGGAUUUCGAGCAAGCUAUACUAGAUGAUGAUCGAUCAGGCAAAGAUGUUAAUACCCUGGGCCGUCGUUUCUCCGUUGACCCAACCGGUAAUUUCCGCCAUGGCCGUACGUGGAGCCGAACCCACCAGGAACUUGCGAAUAUGUCACGAGAAUCAUCUCCCUCAGCUAGGUCAUCAUCGCCUCCGAAUUCGGUUGAAGCCUUCGCAGACCCCCGCCGCCGUGAGCGUGCGAAUACGCUGGAGAGCCAUGCGGCUCCAGAUCUUGAGGCCAUUCUGCAGCGCACAGUGUCCGGCGGUACUCAUCCCCGCCGUCCGACCUUUAGUAACGCGAGUGCUAUUAGACCGCAACCAGGCGAUAUCCAGUUAGAACCAAGUGACGAGACUUGCGUGCCGACUUAUGAGCAACCUGGCAGGAUCCCGGUGAUCGACUACGAGGAAUUGGAGGAAUUUGUGGCUCUGAGCCGGCAAAUGAAGCCCUCGACUACUCGGCGUAAGCAGAGUCUAAGCUCUCAAAGUCGGGGACCUCGCGUUUUCUAUGAUCUGCGACCAGGGGUUCGGAAGUCUGAUGUUGAACGCGAGAAGAGUGCUGAUCGCUCUUCUUCGGACCUCAUGGACCCGGAUUUGAAGACAACCGAUAAGGUCUAUGCGAACGUUGUGGAUGGAAAGGACAUAGUGGAAAAGCUUCAGAAUGAGAACGAGCCGACCCGCUUCGGGUUUUUCUCAUCCGAGUCCCAGAGCACUGUGCAUGCGGCGGAGCUAGGGGACCUUGUGCUUCCUGGCGAUACUUUCAGGGAUCUCUUUCAACUUGGCCCGGAGGGAGGUGUGUGGUGGUUGGACGUACUCAAUCCGACGGAGGAGGAAGUUGCCGCACUCUCGCGUGCUUUUUCCAUCCAUCCACUGACUACAGAAGAUAUCUUGACUCAAGAAGCCCGUGAAAAGGUUGAGCUUUUCAAGCAAUAUUACUUUGUCUGCUUCCGGACAUUCUAUCAGCUCGACAAGACAGACGAACGCUUCAUGGAGCCCGUCAACUUCUACAUGGUUGUUUUCCGCGAUGGUGUCCUCUCAUUCUCAUUCACCGAGAAUCCACACGCGGCAAAUGUCAGGAAAAGAAUUGGGAAGCUCCGUGAUUAUGUGUCCCUCAGUAGUGAUUGGAUCUGUUAUGCCAUGAUUGACGACAUCGUUGAUAGUUUUGGGCCUGUCAUCCGAGAGAUUGAGAUCGAAUCCGAGGCAAUUGAGGACCUCGUUUUCAUCGCCCGCGUCGACGAUUUUGAAUCCUUCUUACCACGGAUCGGUGGCCUUCGUAAGAAGGUUAUGAGCUUGAUGCGCCUUCUAGGUGGCAAAGCAGAUGUCAUUCGUGGUUUCUCCAAGCGUUGCAACGAGCAGUACUCCGUCACCCCGCGUGGGGACAUUGGCCUUUACUUAGGUGACAUCCAAGAUCACGUGGUGACCAUGAUGUCAAAUUUGGCCCACUUCGAGAAGAUGCUCAGCCGCUCACAUACCAACUAUCUUGCGCAGCUCAAUGUCACUAACCUGGUGCUGGGCAAUCAUGUCAAUAAAGUCCUGAGCAAGGUGACGCUGAUUGCCACCAUGUUGGUCCCGAUGAAUCUGAUCUGUGGUCUGUUCGGAAUGAAUGUCCGAGUUCCUGGUGAAGGGGAGGAAGGCCUGGGAUGGUUCUUCGGCAUCGUGGGGGUCAUUGGUGCUGUUAUUGUCCUCAGUGGUAUAGCUGCUCGGUAUUACAAGCUCGUUUAG